GCAAACAUUAUUAUCUUGCUUUUGUAGGGCCUCACGCGUGACGCGCCUCACGAUGGCGACUCGAAUUGAUUCGCUGGCAAUUACGGGUGAUAGAACUGAAUCCAUUCGCACACUCACAUUCGCCCGAAGCGCGCAAACACAAACAGAACGAGCGAUCGCGAGCAGCGGGCCAGCCAGAGGCAAAGUAAAACUAAAUUAAAAAUCGUUAUUAAUAGAAAAUAAAAAAACAACAAAACAUUGUAAUAAACAUCUACAUUGUAUCGAAAUAACAAAGUCUUCCAAAGGGCUAGCCAAAUGCCAAAGAAUUGCCAAGAGAAUUAUAAUCAGAAUCACAUUUAAAUCAGGAACUGCCAUGGAGGAGGAUCUCGAAAAGGUGCCACGCCUUGGACUGCGGCAUCUGCAGGCCGCUCUGCUUUUCAUUGGACUGGCGGCCAACACAAUCCUUCAGCUGAAUGUGGGCGUCACCGUGGUGGCCAUGACCAAUGCCACAUCGAUCAAUGAGGACACGCCCCACUACAACUGGACGGAGUCCGAGAAGUCCUACAUCCUGUCCAGCUUCUACUGGGGCUCCACGCUGGCCCAGUUCCCCGCCGGCUACCUGUGCAAGCGGUUCGGCUCGAAGGCCGUGCUCCUCUGGGGCACCCUGGGCUCGGCGCUGCUCAGUGCCGCCACGCCGCACAGCAUCUAUGCGGCGGGCUGGCAGGCCUUCUGCCUGAUCCGGCUGCUCCAGGGCCUGUGCCAGGUGACGUGGCCCUGCAUCCACCAGCAUCUGGCCAACUGGGCGCCGGAGUCGGAGCGGACGCGGCUGGGGGCCUUCGCCUACACGGGCUUCGACUGCGGCAAUGUCCUGGCCAUGUACGCGGCCGGGACGAUAGCCAGCUCGCCGCUGGGCUGGCCGGGCAUCAGCUAUGCCUCCUCGGGCCUGGCCCUCUGCUGGUGCCUGCUGUGGCUGCUGCUGGGCGCCAACCGGGCCAGCGAGACCCGCUUCAUUGGCCAGGCCGAGAAGGAGUACAUCAUGGGUGAUCUGCAGAUGCAGAUGAGCUCCAAGAAGAGAGAGCGACGUCGCGUCAUUCCCUGGCGGGGCAUCUUCACCUCGGCGCCGUUCUACGCGCUCCUGUGUGCCCGCUGCGCCGACACCUGGGGCCUGGCCACCAUGCAGGCCGAGCUGCCGGCCUACCUCAGCGGGGUCCUGCGCCUCGAGAUGCAGAGCAAUGCUGUGUUCUCGGCCCUGCCCUUCCUGCUGAUGUGGGCCAUGUGCUACGUGUACCUGAUCGUGGCGGACACCCUGCUGCAGUACAAGUGCCUCAGCCUGACGGCCCUGCGAAAGACGUACAACAGCAUCGCCCUGUGGGCGCCCGCCUCCAUAAUGCUGGCCGUGGGGUUCGUGGGCGUGGACCAGAAGUCGCUGGCCCUGCUCCUCGUCACGCUGAGCGUGGGCGUCAGCAGUGCGGCGACCAUAGGCAGCGAGCUGAACACGAUUGACCUGUCGCCCAACCAUGCCGGCAUCCUCGCCGGCAUCCUGAGCACCUUCACCAACCUGGUGGCCCUGUGCACGCCCCUCGUCGUGGGCGUGCUGGUGACGGACGCCACGCAGCGCAGCGAGUGGCAGCUGGUCUUCAGCCUGGCGGCCGGCGUCCUCUUCGCCGGCAAUGUGAUCUAUUUGAUUUGGGGCACAGCCGUGACCCAGCCAUGGAACGAGCCGCAGGAGCAGCAGCAGCUCCAGCUGCCGGACGAGGAGCUGAAACCCUUCAAGAAUGCCCGUCUGGAGAUACCAGGAGCAGGGGGAGGAGCAGAUGGAGGCGGAGGCGGAGGUGGAGGCGUAGGAUUAGGAUUGCAUUGUAAAGACCCAUGAGAAGAUUUAUUUUACUUUUGAGCUUUAUUUAUUGGAUUUUAUCAAUGGGCGGAGCGGCAGAAGCUGCAAAAGUAUCUGCAGACCAGCACACAGAUACACAUGUGUAUCUGUGCGAUGUAAGUUUGUGGUGUAUCUGUCGGAUGCAGAGAAGUCUUGCAAAAAUAACUGCGAAAAUGGAAGAUGGAGAUGCAGACUGUGGGAUUUAAGCGAGUAUCUUGCAAGCCAAGCAGUGACUAGGGAAGUAAGUAUCUGUAAGAUACUCAGAUGAGAAAAAUACACAAAAAUGUAUAAAAUAUGUGGAGAUACUUUUCAGCCAUCGAUGGUAUUCAAAAUUAUUCAGGCAAAGAAAUGUAUCUGCAAGAUACGAAUGCGAAUGUAUUGUCUAGAUGUAAACGUAUCUACAAUCAAAACAUAUAUCUACAGUUCUGCAGGUAUACUAUUUGAAUGUAUCUUUGGGGCUAAUCAUAACACAAAAAAGUA